UUGUCGUGCAGAACAACACGAUUUAUAAAUACUGUAUCUGUCUGUCAUCUGUGACUGUAUAUAUUUAUGCCGAAGAAUUGUUCAUCGUUAUGGCAUUAAAUAAACUCGGUAUUAAUGCUGUUGAUGUAAAAGACAAAAGAGUUUUGAUAAGAGUUGACUUCAAUGUUCCAUUAAAGGAAAAAGAAAUAACAAAUAAUCAAAGAAUAGUUGCAGCUCUGCCAACAAUACAAUAUUGUUUGGAAAAUGGGGCAAACAAUGUUGUACUAAUGAGUCAUCUUGGAAGACCUGAUGGUUUAGUGAAUGAUAAAUAUUCACUUUCUCCUGUUGCUCAAGAAUUAAGAAAACUACUUGAACGAGAAGUGCAAUUUUUGUCAGACUGUGUUGGUUCUGAAGUAGAGGCUACAUGUGCCAACCCCACAAAAGGUGCUGUUAUUCUUCUUGAGAACUUACGUUUUCAUGUGGAGGAAGAAGGAAAAGGUGUUGACAAGGAUGGAAAAAAAGUGAAAGCCAGCGAUGAAGACAUAAAGAAAUUUCGCGAGUCACUUUCUAAACUUGGAGAUAUUUAUGUCAAUGAUGCGUUUGGAACAGCUCAUAGAGCUCACAGUUCAAUGGUUGGAGUGAACUUGCCUCAAAAAGCAGCUGGUUUCUUACUAAAGAAAGAACUGACAUAUUUUGCAAAAGCGCUGGAAUCACCAGUUAGACCUUUCUUAGCCAUAUUAGGAGGCGCUAAAGUAAAAGACAAAAUUCAAUUGAUUGAAAAUAUGUUGGAUAAAGUGAAUGUGAUGAUUAUUGCUGGUGGAAUGGCUUUUACUUUUGCGAAAAUUCUGCACAAUAUGACGAUUGGAAACUCAUUAUACGAUGAAGAAGGUUCAAAAAUUGUUCAAAAAUUAGUGGAUAAAGCGAAAGCAAAUGGCGUUGAGUUUCAUAUUCCAGUUGACUUCAAAACUGGAGAUAAAUUUACAGCUGAUGCUGCUGUUGGAGACGCUACAUUGGAGUCGGGUAUUCCUGAUGGUUGGAUGGGACUUGAUAUUGGACCAAAAACUAUCGAGAAAUUUACUAAAGAUGUCAUCCUCCAAAGUAAGACUAUCGUUUGGAACGGUCCGCCAGGGGUGUUUGAAUUUGAUAAUUUUGCAACUGGAACAAAGGCGCUUAUGGAUGCUGUUGUUGAAGUUACUAAGACUGGAGCAACAACUAUUAUUGGAGGAGGAGAUACUGCCACGUGUGCUGCUAAAUAUGGUACUGAAAAUCUUGUGAGUCACGUAAGCACUGGUGGUGGAGCAAGCCUUGAGUUGUUGGAGGGAAAAAUCUUGCCUGGUGUUGCUGCUCUUUCAGAGGCUUGAUUCUCUUUGUUUUUCAAUAUUCUUGUUGCCAUCGUUGAUGAAAUAAAUCAAUCCUCUAUACA